CAGUUCGUGCUUUCCUGAAAAUACGUCCUCGGGGCGUACUUAUCCCUUAUCCACUAGCGGCAACUAUUCCUCGUGCUCGUGUCCCAUUCCUGCCCUAUUUUUUCGGCGAUUUUUCCGCGCUUGAGAGACGCUGCCACGCGGCUUGGCUAGAACAAUGCCGCGACCUAAGUUACCAUAGCACGCACAGUAUACGACGAACUUUCACUGACGCUCCGAAGAAUGCUGCAUUUGUCAUGACAUUGGGCUUUAUUUAUUGUACUCGAUAGAAACAGUUUCCCCUAAUCAUAUCGCGUCUCUGUUUCGCGACCCUCGCGGAGGGUCGCUGGUCAGCCGAAGAAAGGAGCCAUGCUCAAGCGGUUGAUAGCCAAGGCCCUGCCUGAGGUGGGUAGCCCACGAGUGAAAAGGAAGUCAGAAUACGAGUUCAGAAUACUGGUUAUCUGCGAGAGUGUGUUACUGGCGUCCGCCAGCGAUGUCUGACCGAGGAAGUAUGGUGUCUGGUAUAAGACUUCGACAAUGCUCGUUAGGGAGUGCCAAACCCUAGAACUGUUUCUUUCACGGCGUAACAGCUCCUCUCGCUUAGCGCACACUCGUUAGUGCGACAUUGCCGAACUCUUGACAGCACCACCGAUAUCUCUGUCCUCUGCCUUGGAUCACCAGAUCGGCACUCGCAGCGGCUCUCAGUUCUACUUCCAGUUAGGGUUUCGUUAAUCACAGCAAUGUUGGUACUAUCGAAGCCGCCUAUGGCGCAUUUGCACUGCGAAAGCUGAUUCGGAAGGCUGCCGAUCGGUCACGUAACCUUAAUUAGCUUAACCCUAACUCGUGACGUUAGCGCAGCGAUCUCCCGCGAUACGAAACACGAUCUAUCGUAACACUAGGACGACGUUCUUAGUCUCCAAGCAGACCGCUUCUCGGCAGGAGUCCCAUCCCAGGGACAGGCGGUUAAAUUACCAUCAGAAUCUGAUACGACAUUCGAUAUACGGCAGCUUGUUGUUAUCGUACGAAAUCGAGGAUUAGAUAAUCGAAAGCAUCGGAGUUACAUAAGCUCUCUUCGUUCUGCAGAUACUCGUAGGAGUGUGCUGGUGCGCUCCGUUACAGAGAAGCGCGAUAGCAGUUUCCGAUGAGCCUAAGCUUCGCCGAGGCAGUAUUUUCGUUUUUCUACAGUGCGAGCAACAAUGCGGCCGAGGCAGAGAAUGCUGCUUGUAACAAUUCCGUGCCGGCGGGGAGCCUGAGGGCGCCGCAUCUGCUGCCGCGGCUGGCCGUGCAUCACGGCGUGCCUGGCGCUGCCUCCGUGCUCGCCUACGACCCCGUGCAGCGGCUGCUGGCAGUGGGGACCAGGGAUGGGCGCAUCAAGGUGUUCGGGCACGAUGGCAUCGAGGCGCUGCUCUGCUCGCCCGCCAAGGCCGCCUGCAAGUUCCUCGAGUUCGUGUGCAACUCGGAGUACAUGGUGCAGGUCACCAUGUUCAACGCCAUAGAGAUCUGGCGGCUGAACGACCGCCAGCUGGCAGACUCCCUGCAGUGGGAGGUCAACAUCACUGCGUUCUCCACCGUGCCCGAUACAAGCUUCCUGUAUGUGGGCGACGAGACUGGGGUCUUCUCGGUGUUGGAGCUGGGAGGAGGGCGCCUUAACAAACGGCCAUACUCCGUGCCUCCUUAUGUCACCAUGGCCGGCCUCGUCCGGCAAGACUCCUCUCGAGCGCCAGCCCUCAUUGGAAUCCUCCCUCAGCCCGAGGCUUACCACAGCCGCGUGCUCCUCGCGUACGCCAACUCCAUCCUCACCCUCUGGGACCUGCACUCCCUGCGUGUGCUCGCCACGCGCGGCGGCUCCGAGAUGCAGUGCACGCGCCUCUCAGAAGCCGGAGACCGCCUCGCCGACCUCCUCACGGGCAGAAGAAACGUGCCAAAGCCCACUGAGGAGGACGAGGAGGACGAGCAGGAUGGGGAGGGGCCAGAAGUGUCGUGCUUGUCGUGGGCUUGCCCCUUCGGGUCGGUUUUCGCAGUGGGGUAUUCCAAUGGGGAGAUUGCGCUCUGGGGGCUGCCGCACCCGCCACUGCGCACGCCGGGGCCGUCGCCCUCUACGUCGUGCUCCUCGCUCCCCUCGCUCCCCUCGCUCGCCGCCGCCCCGUCCGGGUCGGUCCAGUUCCCCAUCUCGCCCGGAGGAAUGAAGGCGUUAGGCGAGGAGAUUUCAUCCCAGCCGUUGGUUCGCCUGCAGGUGCAGGGGGGGAAGGGGGAGCGGUCGCCGAUCACGGCGCUGCGAUGGUGCGCCGAUGCCAGACGAGCGGCGGAGAGGGGGCUGGAGAGAGGCGGGGAGAGAGUGGGGGAGCGGGGAGGGGGGAGGCUAUACGUGUGUGGGGGCGAGAUGCCGGGGUUGCCGGGGUCGGUGAGUGUGGUGCAGCUGGGGGGGCUGGAGGAGGGGAUGAGAGAGAAGGCCAUGGUCAAGCUCCCGUGGUUCGGCCCCGUGGCGGACGUGGUCGUGGCGCCCAGCACUCUGGGGAGCAUGUGUGCAUCGGCGAUUCUUGUCCUUACCUUCCCCGGACAGGUGCAUCUGUACGACGAGCCGGGCAUGGAGGAGCAUCUCUCAGCGCGCCUGCUCUCCCCGUCGCCCUCUUCCCACGCACCCGCUCCGCCUGAACCCGUGUCGUUUGAGAACCCGGGGUCAGCGGUCACCACCGGCCGGCUCAUGCUCGCGCCCUGGGGCAUGCAGGCGUCCCAUGUGCUCUCUCAGCUCCCGCGUGUGUCGGAGACCCGCUGCCCCUCCGCUCUCUCGCACGGCACCAAGUGGCCGGUAGCUGGGGGCUCGUUUGGCCAGCAGCCGGAGAUCUCCCCAGAGGACGGGUUGUGCCUCUACAUAUCGGGCCACCGCAACGGCGUUACACACAUCUCUGAUCUGUCGACUCCGCUCAUUGUCCCCUUGGCCUCAGCACCCGCGCACUUGAACCAGGGCGACGACCAACCCAGCUACACAGCAGUGACGGCGGUUGACUUCUGCGCUGUAUCUGCACUGCUGGUGGUGGGGCACGAGGACGGGCUGGUGGAGCUGUUUGAACUCAGCACCAGGCGGAGAACCCUGUGCUGCCAGAUUAUCACUGAAAGGGGCGGCUACGAGCAAGCCACGCCCAGCGAGUGCGAGGAGGGCUUUCAAAUGGUGGCCCAAUUCCACCAGCACCGGGCGAAAGUCCGCAGCGUGGCGCUAGCCACCGGCGUGGGUCGGCUGGCAAUAGGCGACGACAACGGCAUGGUGUCACUGGUCAACCUCGACACCUUCACUCUCAUCUGCUACCGCGAGUGCCACCCGGGGGCCGCCUCCUCCCCCAUAGCUGCCACUGUCUUCGCCGCCCUCCCGGUUCCUUCCUCUGACUCCUCCUCCUCCUCUUCCUCCUCCUCUCUCUCCUCCUCCCUCACCUCCACCUCCUCCUUCUCCUCGUCGUCCGCUGCUGCCGCUGCUGCGGCUCCCGCUGCUGACGCGCCCUCUGCCCGGAGCGCGGGGAAUCAGAGGAGGGGGAGCGUGGGGGCGGGCGGGGGGGUGGGGGGAGGGGCGUCGACGGCGUAUGAGACGGUGGUGUAUGUGGCGGCUGCCAAUACGACUAUGACGAUACUGGACGGCACGACGGGGGAUGUGAUGGGCGUGGGACCCAUGCAGCCAAAGCAUGCAUCCGGUGCUGUCGGGCUCUUCCUGCUGGACCUAAUGGGUUCCACCAUUCCAUCGUUUGGCGGCAAGCUGCCCCUCCUCUGGGCCAUGCAGCAGCCCUCUCUCACCCGAGGCCUCAACUCCCGAGCCACUGCUGCAGGCUCGGUAGCCUCCCGAACCUCCGACGCACACUCCGCCGAACCUAGCGACCUGAGCCUGCGGUCUCCGCAUGGGAGGGAGAGGCGGCGGCGAUCAAGAGCAGCAGCAGAAGGGGCAGAAGACAGCUCACAAUCGCAAGCCACUGACCCUCACACCCGCUCCUCCUCCUCCUCUUUAUCAUCCUCCUCCUCACAACAACACCCGUCUGACCCCCCUAAACCCCCUCAUGCGCGCGACGAUAUGGCCAAACCUCCUUCCGGGCGGCGAAACCCUAAAAAGCUGCCGUCCGUUACUUUAGACACCACAGCCGCAACCACUGACCCCUCCGCCGCCUCCUCCACCCACGGCCCUGAGAACAGUCCAAGCUCUGCCGCCCGUGCUGACUCAGCGUCCGGUCAGCACGGAGGCGUUUCCGUCCCGAGUCCUAGAUCCCGGGGCGGCCCGCGAAUCAGCAUCCAGCUAACGCCGGGCGGCAGUCUUAGCUUUAACAUAGUGUCUAGUGGCGACCUAGAGAGAGAGUCACAGCAAGGGGGGUGGGGGCAUUCGGAUGGGAACGGGGCGAUAGGCGGAGGAGGGGGCGGGCAGAGGGGGGGGGGUUCAGGGGGGACGACAGGGGGGAGUGACAGUGACCCCAUUUCGCUCUCCCUCUCUCCAGUUUCGCCUACUAACGCUGGAGCACUCGCAGCAGCAGGGGGAGGAGGAGGAGGAGGAGGAGAAAGAGGAGGUGGGGGUGGGGGUGGAGGGGGAGUGACUGUCUCACAUGGGCCGAGCAUGAGUAUGAGCUCCAUAGGAGGAGGAGGAGGGGGAGCACUAGGGAUGGGGUCACACCUACCCUCGGCCGCCGCUACUGGCGGCUACUCUGGCUUUGGCUCGGCGCAGGACCGGACCUCAGCUAUGUUCAAGCGCUCCCUGACCUCCGUCGCAGGCUCGGGGAAUGCGGUUUGGCCCGAGCCUCAGUUUGUGCUGCUGGUGUCAGAGGACUGUCUGCGGCUGUAUUCCACCAUGGUUGUGCUUCAGGCGGAUCGGUCGGCCCUGAAGCGCGUGAAGAUCUUUGAGAACGACAAGUGCGUGUGGGCAGGCACGUUUGGGGCGCACCCGCACUACCCCCCCGCCAUCAUCGUCAUCUCCUCGCAAGGGCUGGUCGAAAUCAGGUCCCUGCCUGACCUGCUCUUGAUCACAGCCACGUCGGUGUCUGAGAUGCUGGGCUGGCAGUACGACAGUCUCCUCAUGCUGCCACUCACCUGUAUCGCCACUGACGGCCGCAUCGCCUUUCUGGACGGAGAGACAGAGAUGGUCCGCCUCUCUCUCUUUGCAAGAGAAAACGCCAUUGGCCUCCCUCACUCGCUCUCUCGUCUCAUCGACCCGUCCAUCCGAGUGUCCAUCCCGGCCCCCCCACUUGCCACCUCCUCUGCCACCGGCGCUGCCACCGCUGCUGCUGCUGCCGCUGCCGUUGCUGCUGUUUCUGGCGCUGGUGCCGGUGCUGCUUUCGCUGCGUCGCCUGGUGUUUCUGCGGUUUGUUCGGAAGGGGGGCUUAUGGAGGCAAGGAGAGGAGGGGCGGUGGAGGGGUCGCCAGGGCAUGAGGGGUCGCCUAGCCGUGGGGGGGGGGAUGCUCUGGGGCCUGUGAGGAGCGACGGAUUCAUUCAGCCAGGAGAGGGGUCAGCCGGAGCUGGCUCUCCUUUCCUCCGCGGCACCAAGGUACUGCGCAACAGUGGCACAUUCAAGCUGCUCCAGAGCACCCCCAAACUGCCCCCUGCCGCUCUCCACGCCGCCUCUGACCUCCCCCCCCUCUUCGCCUCCUCUCCCUUCGCCCCCGCUGCGCCUGUUGCGGAGGGGGAGGAAGGGGAGGAGGGGGAGGGGGAGGGGGAGGGGGAGGAGGAGAAGACACAGACAGGAAGCUUCAACGAAAGAGAGAAACUGGACCUCAGUCUCGACACGUCUCUGUCGUGCGACAGCCCAAGCACACCGGACGGGGCGGUCACCACUCCCCAUCCCGCUGCUGCCGGUGCGGGCGGCAAGAAGGGGCUCUUCAGCUUCCACCGUAGCAACUCCCGAGGGCGCACCAAGGAGAGCGAGGGCGCAUUUGGGUCGGGGGCAGUGCAUGCGGCGACACCUCGGCCCAAGUCCACUGAGGAGAUCCGAGGAGGGUUUGGGUCGCGCAGGCAGCAGCAGGCCGCGGAAAGCCAAUAAGGACAGAGUUUUAUUAUAAGAAUAGUGUUGAAUGCACGAUCGACAGUAACACAAGAUGCAAGAAAUCAUUGCCGUAGCAUAACAGCAAGGAUUAAUGGUAUGCUGGAGGAACCUAUGGUACCCUCCUUUGUCUGGCUUUGUACACCUCACUUUCUCAUGCAUGCAGCCUAUAUUUGUCACCCUACCAAUAGAUAAAGCAUACAGUU